GCCGCUCUGACCUGACCGUUCUCCAUUGAACUCUCUCCUCCAAUCCGUCAUCAUGGUCGUCUACUACCAGAUCGCCGGCAAGCAGGUCGGCUCCCACGUUCUCGCCAUGAGCGUUCUCGGUGCUCUCUUCGGCGGUGUUGGUCUCGCUACCCGUGGUGGUGGCCAGCCCAAGCCUGCCACCCCUCCCAUUCAGGCUUCCUCCAAGGAUGAGGAGACCUUCAUCCAGGACUUCUUGAAACAAGUGAACGGAGACGAGAAGAAGAAAGACCAUUAGAAUACCGCUUUAAUACGGGAAUCGGUCGAGGACAAACAACCUAAUUGAAGAUGCUCGAUGCAUGAUAUCCAUGACCGAAUGGGUCGUUGGUCAGGGUGGUCUGGAUUCUACCCUGCCGGGCUCGGGCAGUGUGUAUCCUUGAAAUCUUGCCUGCUGGGACGGUUUAGCGGUCCCACGGGAGGUGUGAAUCUGUACAUAUAGAGUAUACACCGUGAACGUUUGUUCUCCAACUUUGCCGUGUCUGGAA